AUCAGCUGUGUCCAAUCACAGCUGAUCAAUGAUCAUCAGGGCACUGAUGAUCAGUGUGGCCCCAGCAGUGCCACCUGCCAGUGCCCAUCAGUGCCACCUGCCUGUGCCCAUCAGUGCCACAGCAAUACCACAUAUCAGUGCCUACCAGUGCACAUCAAUGCCACAUAUAUUGGUGCCCAUCUGAGCUGCCUUUCAGUGUCACCUAUCAGUGCCAGUCAAUGCCACCUAUCAAUGCCAGUCAGUGCCACCGAUCAGUGCUGCCAAUCAGUGCCACCUAACAGUGCCAGUCAGUGCCACCUAACAGUGCCAGUCAGUG